AUGGCGAUAUUUCGUGUGUCAUUUCCCAUUUUGAUUGUGAUCAUAUUCCUUCUAUCAAGUCUUCAAAGCUCGACAGGGAGGAACCAUUUCCACAAGCAUAAGAAAAGUCCUCAAGACAGUGGAAACUACAUCUCUCAGCCCCCUCAGCUCUCUCCUGCUGUUCCUCCAACAGCUAGUGAUGACUUGUAUAAUUCUAGUUCAGAUCCAUGCGUUUUUGAUGUCAGGUCUUUCGGGGCCAUCGGCGAUGGAUCCACCGAUGACACCCAAGCCUUUCGAGAGGCCUGGAAGGCUGCAUGCGCCGCUGAAUCUGGCAUACUUCUUGUGCCAUCGGAUGGUGACUUCAUGAUCACUUCAACCAUCUUUUCAGGGCCAUGCCAGCCUGGGUUUGUGUUUCAAGUGGAUGGAGUACUGAUGCCCCCUGAUGGUCCUGAUUGCUGGCCGGAAUCUGACAGCAAGCGCCAGUGGCUUGUGUUCUAUAAACUCGAUGUGAUGACUUUGAGAGGAGAAGGAACCAUCGAAGGCAAUGGCGAGGAUUGGUGGAACCUCCCAUGUAAACCUCAUAGAGGGCCACAUGGUACUACAUUACCUGGACCUUGCGAUAGCCCGGCGUUGAUUAGGUUCUUCAUGAGCAGUAAUCUAACCGUGAAGGACCUACGGAUCGAGAACAGCCCUCAAUUCCAUAUGAAAUUCGACGGCUGCGAAGGAGUGCACAUAGAAGGCCUCAAAAUAAAUUCCCCAGCCCUUAGUCCUAACACUGAUGGUAUCCAUAUCGAGAACACAAAGUCUGUUGGCAUCCAUAAUUCCAUGAUAAGCAAUGGCGAUGACUGCAUUUCCAUCGGCACUGGUUGUUCUAAUGUCGACAUAGAAAAUGUUACCUGUGGACCUAGCCAUGGCAUAAGCAUCGGGAGCCUCGGCGUGCACAACUCGCAGGCUUGCGUUUCGAACAUAAGGGUCAAGAAUGCAGUGAUCAGGAACUCUGACAAUGGGGUCAGGAUCAAGACAUGGCAGGGUGGGAUGGGCUCAGUAACGAGCAUUAGCUUCGAGAACAUCAUCAUGGAGAAUGUUAAAAACUGCAUCAUUAUAGACCAGUACUAUUGCCUAAGCAAGCAGUGUAUGAAUCAAACAUCGGCGGUCUACGUAAAGGAUGUCUCAUACAUGAACAUAAAGGGGACGUAUGAUGUCAGGAGCCCACCAAUACACUUUGCUUGCAGUGAUGCCGUGCCAUGCACCAACAUCACCAUGUCUGAUGUGGAGCUGCUCCCAUUUGAUGGAGAGUUGGUGGAUGACCCCUUUUGUUGGAAUGCCUAUGGGAGCAUGGAGACACUAACAAUUCCACCCAUCUCUUGCUUGCAGGAUGGGGAGCCUCAGUCCAUCAAAGAGAACCUUAGAUUAGGUUGCUGAACUUGUUAGUGCUUCAGGUACAGCAAUUUAGAGACACAAUAACACAAACAGAGCUAAAGACCCAUAUGGUCAAACCUUUAUUUUUUCCAAUAUGUGGCUGUUGUGGGGAUUUAGUCAUGCUUGGGGGGCCCUCAUGGAGCUUGUUUUCAUGUAUUGAUCGGAACAUAUUAUGCAUGGGCUUAUUUCAAAGUGUCAAAAGUUCAGGUAGUUUGAGUAUAUUUGUGCACCUGUGGAAGGAACAAUGUUUGGCUCUGUUUAACUUCUGUAGCUGGUUCACUAGAAGAAACGGAUAGUGACGAGAAUUUUUCU